AUGGAUUCCAUUUUCGGACCAACACUCAGCGCGGUGGCAUACGUCAACAACAUUGAUGCCAAUUUGCCGGGAGGUUAUGAAGUUGUCUCCGAUUAUCUGGAAGUUGAAAAUCUAAAACUUUGUUCUACACCGGCCAUGUUUGAGUCCCGCCUUAAAUCACCCACUGAAAAUAACCUCAACAGGCAUUCAGUGAUGCCCGGAGACAGGGUUGGUCUGAAACUCAACGUUCCAACCGUCGGAGGCUCAAACGUGUCCGGUAUCGAAAACUCAUGUAUAGUGCGUCUUGUGGAUACUUCUUUGAAGAACUACGAGAGGUUCAAGGAGACUCUGAUCUACUUAAAUAAAUAUACGGAUGAGCUUCAAAAUAACCGCCGCUCUUACUACAGUCGGAAUUCUAUCGACAGCACAAAGGCUGCGUUCGAUGUGAUCGGCCUAGAUUUCAUUGAUUCAAGACCACUGAGAAGGGAAAUUGAAGAGCAAAUAGUGUGUCCGUUAUUCGCGACAUCGACUAUGUUAACGAGUGAAAUGAACCUUGAAACUGACAUUGAACCAGAUACGGAGCGUGGCAUUGUGAAACCACGAUUGCGAGACUUUUUCCCCGAGGUCUGGCUGUUUAACCAUUUCAAACUCGACCAAGCAGGGCAAUAUGCAACACUGUUGACUGCGCCAGACAGCGUAACUAGCUGGGAGUUCACAGCACUCUGCUUCACGCAUAACCUCGGACUCUGGAUGCCACCCAGACUGCAGCCCGAGACAGUCACCGUCUCGCUCCCCUUCUACGUCGAAUUCACGCCUCCAGUGAAGACCAAGCGACAGGAGGUUAUACACAUGCCCGUCAGCGUCUUCAUGCUGCCGCACACGCCGGCCAGUGGAGCUGCAGAUGAGAAGAAGGCCUGUUACGAGGUUCUCAUGUCAGUUGCUGUUGAUCGCAGGGAUUGGCAGUUGAUCGGCACUUCCGAGUUCAGUACUUGCCUGUGUCAGGGUGAUCCGAAGGCCACCUUCAUGCUGGUUCUCAAGCCGCGGACGCUGGGAAGACUGAAUGUGACGGCGGAGGUCGCGGCGAAGUCGGGAUCGCUUAUGUGUGCCAAAGACCCAGCGGACAGACAACACAGAGCCUCAGUGACCGAUGCCGUCAGGCGUUCAGUUCUGGUCGUGCCCGAGGGUGUAGAAGCCGAGACAAACGUGGGCGGUGUGCUGUGCCUUUCUGAUGGCAAAACGUCGACGGAGGAGGUAAUGCGACUGGAACUGCCUGAGCACAUAGUGUAG